AUGCAGAGACGACGCUCUGUCACCGGCGUUCUCCCUGGCCAAAUGGAAAAGAGUGUAUCAAAGAAUCAAAAUUCCCGGGUUUGCUGUUUGGCAUUCUUAUCUGCAUUCCUCUGGUUUUUCCUUUUGUACUUUCAUUUUGUGUUUCUUAGAGGAGAUAAUACUAAUGCUAAUACUACUACUGAUUUUGUUGAUGAUCACAUUCACACAAACAAAUUAAUACCUGUUAUACAUGAAUCUACCUCAAUCCAUGUUAGUGUCCCUGAAGUGAAACCCCCUCCUAGAAAGAUUGGUUUCCCCAACCCCGUUGAGAUAAAGAGUUAUCCCCCUCCCCCUAAGAGUUUCCCUUUUAGUAAAGCGUUGAAAAGUGGUGAGAAUAAGAGUGAUCCUUGUGGGGGAAGGUAUAUUUAUGUGCAUGAUCUUCCUUCAAGGUUUAAUGAGGAUAUGUUGAAGGAGUGCAAAAGUUUGAGUCUUUGGACUAAUAUGUGUAAGUUUACUGCAAAUGCUGGUCUUGGGCCGCCGCUUGAGAAUGUUGAAGGGGUGUUUUCUGAUACAGGUUGGUAUGCGACGAAUCAGUUUGCGGUGGAUGUUAUAUUUAGUAAUCGGAUGAAACAGUAUGAGUGCUUGACUAAUGAUUCGUCUAUUGCUGCUGCCAUUUUUGUACCGUUUUAUGCUGGGUUUGACAUUGCAAGGUAUCUUUGGGGUUAUAAUAUUUCACGGAGGGAUGCGGCUUCGCUUGAUCUGGUUGAUUGGCUUAUGAAGAGGCCGGAGUGGAGUAUAAUGAAUGGGCAGGAUCAUUUUCUUGUUGCGGGGAGGAUUACGUGGGAUUUUCGAAGAUUGUCUGAGGAAGAGUCUGAUUGGGGGAAUAAGCUUUUGUUUUUACCAGCAGCUAAGAAUAUGUCCAUGCUUGUGGUAGAGUCCAGUCCGUGGAAUGCAAAUGAUUUUGGGAUUCCGUAUCCUACGUACUUCCACCCUGCGAAAGAUGCGGAUGUGUUCCAUUGGCAGGAAAGAAUGAGGGGAUUAAAGAGGAAGUGGCUUUUCUCCUUUGCUGGAGCUCCACGUCCUGGUAACGUCAAAUCAAUCAGGGGUCAACUAAUUGAGCAAUGCAGAAGUUCGCCGGUUGGUAAGCUAUUGGAAUGUGACUUUGGUGAAAGCAAAUGUCAUUCUCCUAGCAGCAUUAUGCAGAUGUUUCAAGGCUCGCAAUUCUGCUUGCAACCUCAAGGUGAUUCAUACACAAGAAGGUCUGCGUUUGAUUCAAUGUUGGCUGGUUGUAUACCUGUCUUUUUCCAUCCAGGUUCGGCUUACACACAAUAUACUUGGCAUCUUCCUAAGAAUUAUACCAAGUAUUCCGUCUUCAUUCCAGAGGAUGACAUUCGUAAGAAGAAUAUGAGUAUAGAGCAAAUACUUCGUCAGAUACCUCCUGAACAAGAGAAAAUGAUGAGAGAAGAGGUCAUUAGUCUCAUUCCAAGCCUAGUAUAUGCUGACCCUCGCUCCAAGUUAGAAACUUUGAAAGACGCGUUUGAUGUUGCUGUACAAGCAGUAAUUAACAAAGUUACACAUUUGAGGAAGGAUAUUAUUGAAGAUAAUAUCGACAAAAACUUCAUUGAGGAGAACAGUUGGAAAUAUGCUCUGCUGGAUGAGGGAAAGCAUGAAGUAGGACCUCAUGAAUGGGAUCCUUUCUUCUCAAAACCAAAGGAUGGUAGUGGAGAUUCCACUGAUUCAUCUGCUGCAGCUGCAAAAAACUCUUGGAAGAACGAGCAAAGAGAUCCAGUAUAA